AUGGUCCCCCUGGACUCGGCGCUGCUCGUCACCAGUCCUCAAGCCAAACGUCGCUCUUGGUGUCGUUCGAGCCUGAAGGGGACAAAGCGCCGAAAAUCUCUGCCUCCUGUUCACCAAGAUGUCACUGAAUUAAGCAAAUCCAUUAGCCUGGAUCUGCCAGAGAUAGACCGGCUUUCCACGCUGUUGUUGUCCAGUUUCCAGUUUUCUGCGCAGAAGUUGGAACGCGUCCUGAAGCAAACUGAUGGCUUUAGCCCUGAGGCUUUUGAAGCUAAUGUGCGCUCGGUUUCAGAGGACCUGAAGCGAUACCUGCAGAAGCUGAAACGAGAUGGAACACUGAAGAGCUGCGUAGAAGACCCUAAAGGGACUUUACUGGACUCAGCGUUGGAUGAGUCGGUGGCCCAAAUUAAGGAGUACAUUGCCAGGUUCACUGCCGAAUGUCAGUCGUGGGAUCAGCUUUUACUGCGCUACCAGGAGAGCGCUGACGAAAUAUCCAGGGAGCUGGAGAGCCGCCGGCGGGACGGGGGACGGGCAGAGCCUCUCGCAUACCUCCACACCUCUCAGGGACAGGUCCUCCGUAGCAAACCUGACUACCAGAAGAUCCUGGAUGAGCAGAGGGAGGUGCUGAGCUGCAUGGAGCUGGUGCUCGAUGAACUCCAGCAAGCGGUGAAGGUGCUGCAGGCCUUCAGCGAGGACAGCCAGCAGUACCUCCGGCGCCUGUCGGAGCAGCUCGGUAAGCGGGAGGCACUGGGAGGGGGUGUGUGGAAGACUCGGGAAAUGGGUAAUUUUGCCAUCUGGUGUAAAAAAGGGCCGGUUUUGAAACACAGCCCCCAGCCCGUCCCCAAACCCCGGACCAUCAGCACUGGCCUGAAGCAGCUCUCGCUCCAGUCCUCGGACUCUGCCCAGAAGUACGUCAAGUCACCCCCGGCUCGCUGUAGCAUCAAACGCGCGUCUCAGCACGGAAUCCUGCACGACGACGCCAACAUCUACGGCCUCUCGGCGAUGGACGGCGUCCCCUUCGCGCUGCACCCCAAGUUCGAGAGCAAGCUCGGUUCCGGCAGUAACGCUAUCCUCGCAGACCUGAACGUUAAGUCGCUCGCUGAUAUCGAGAGAGAGUACAAUUACGCUUUUGUAGUGGAAAGGACGGCCGCUGCCCGGCUCCCGCCCGGCGUUUGUUAG